AUGAGCCCCUCAAUAAUCUACGUGAUGGGCACGUCGGGCUGCGGGAAAACGACCAUCUCCACGGCACUUGCGUCAAAAUUGGGUUAUAAUUACGGCGAAGGGGACCACAUGCACUCCAACGCCAACAAGGAAAAAAUGGCUUCAGGCCGCCCCCUGACUGAUGAGGAUCGUAGGCCCUGGCUCAGCGAGAUUCACGAAUAUGCUUUGAAACAUCCCAAUUCUGUACUCACCUGUUCGGCCUUGAAGCGUACGUAUCGCGAAGCGUUGCGCAAGGACCUUGACGCGGCCUUUAUUUUCUUGAAAGUGGACAAAAAUGUGCUGCUUCAUCGGCUGAAAAAUCGAGUCGGCCAUUUUAUGCCGGCGACCCUGUUGGACUCGCAGCUCGACACGUUAGAAGACCCGACUGGCGAGCCCAACACGUUCGUCAUCGAAAACCACGGGGACAAGUCGGUGGAGACGGUCGUCGACAACAUUGUUUGGUUGUUGAACUCGAAAAUGGACCCGAAUUCU